AAUCAUUUGGAGAAUCCAAGACAGCCAUAGAAUUGGGCGGUAGACGGACAUCCUGACAAGAGGACACGCACAUUGCCAAACCAAAUAAUACCAACCACAGAAAGAUUGCAAACUGCUACCUGUGGGCAGGGGAAGACUUAGCAGAUUGUUUCAUUUCUUCUGCGGUAUCUGAGGUAACCCAUUGGCCUAUUAAACUGUCUUCCGUUUCCUUACACGACUAUUUUUUCUGCAACCUGAAAGAACAGAAGAAUCUCUUCGGUGGUGAUGUGAUGUUUUGUGUUGGAGCGAUGGAAGUGUUUUCUUGCCCUCCUGAUACUGUGAAGAAGGUUUGAAAGUCUUUCAAUGAUUUCAAACAAUAGAAAAGUUGUUUCUGUGGUCAAAUCUGUCUCUAUUCGAUCGAGGACAAUUUUAUUUUAAUUUAAAGUUUAAUCCAUUGUGCAAAUUCUUUCGGCAAGUAUGAUUGAGCUGCAGGAACCCAUGAUGUGGCUUAAGUGCUAGAUCUGAAGAUUUUCCGUGUUGGGUUGUUUCUGGGUCCGAAACAGUGACCACUGGGAUUCCAUCGGAAGUUCGUUUUGGGAAUUGAAGCGGUUUGUGAAUCGAAAUCGUCAGUAUGAUGAAAGAAUUCGGUUUGUGAGAAGUGUCUCCAGGGGGAUCCAUGAUGGGGCUCGAUAUACAGGUUUAGGUUUUAUAUUUUGUUCAUUUUGCAGCUUAGUUUUAAGCUACCUGGGGUGGAAACCUGAUGAACGGUGGCGGCUUUCGUGAAUAAAUUUUGAUGCACGAAAAGCCAAGGUGUGACAUUUAUUGGUGAUCCUGAGAAUUGGGCGUUGGGGAUUUGAGUAGAUAACAGACAAAGUUGGGUUAUGGAGGCGUUGAAUGCAUGUGUUUCUCCAUCUCCUCGAAGCUUUCUAGAAGAGAGCGAGGCGGGGAUGCCGUCGCGACGACACCUGUCAGAGAUAAGGCGAUUGAAGUUGCUCUCCACCAGCGGCAGUUUUUCCGACGGUGUGAAGAAGCAGUCUCGCAUCAGGAAUACAUCUCACUUGUGUAGUAUUUGUUUCGGCGGGGAGGUGCUAUCCACCGCAGACCCUGCAUAUGCCAUAGAAAUUGAACUCCACUCUAAGUCUCUCUACCCCUCAAGGAGGCUUGUGAGGUCAGUCUCUACGCCAACUCCCUGGAAAGGCGGCUUGUUUUGCACUUGCAAUAUCAGCAAAUUUUACAUCAGCACCAACAGCAGCACUACUAAUGAUACUAGUGUUGUUACAUCGGACGCAGAACCUAUGGUUAAAGAUUCCAAAGGGCAGAUGCCAAUCGACAUGCCUGAGAGUAAAACGCAAGCAACGGUUGGUCCUCUUGCUGGUGAUGACACUAGUGUUGCUACAUCGGAUUCAGAGCCCAAGCCGCAAGAUUCCAAAGGGGAGAUGACAGUCAAUAUGUCAGAGAGUGAAAAGCAAACAAGCGUUGGUCCUUUUGAUGGCGACGAAAGUAACGGGGCCUGUAAAGGUGUUAGUGUCGCUUCUCCUGAAACUGCAACUGCAACUGCAGCUAAUGUUAGUGUUAACGUUGCUGCUGAGGAGACUAAAGAGCAGGAAAUUGUUCCGCAAAGCAGGCCUUCAAAGAGCGUAGCUUUGCCCAGGGCCAACAGCGAGAGUGUAAGCUUGCUGUUGAAGGAUUCGUGCCCCCCCCACGGAACAAUUUCAAUCAUUGGUAGAAGACGUGAAAUGGAAGAUGCCGUUGCAGCUGUACCCUCAUUCUUUUGUCUGCCCAAGUCCAUGGCGCUGUUGCAAAACAGUCUUACUGGAUUUGCAGCUCCUGCACCUACACCUCUCCACUUUUUUGGUGUCUAUGAUGGCCAUGGCGGAUCGCAGGCUUCAUCAUAUUGUAAAAAUCAUUUUCAUGAGGCGCUUGCUAAGGAGUUGAGGGAUGCAUCUUCAUUUUCCGGAGAUUUAAGUUCUUGGAGUAAAGUCAUGUCUGCUUGCUUCAUGAAAAUGGAUAUGGCAGUUGGAGGUAUGUGUCCAAAUGGAGGCUGCAGUAUUGGGGAUGUACAAACGUGUGGCAAUUGCUGCCAAGAUCCAGUUGCACCAGAAAAUGUGGGUUCUACGGCUGUCAUAGCUGUUGUGAGCCCAUCUGAAGUUGUUAUUGCAAAUUGUGGGGAUUCUAGGGCAGUAUUAUCCAGGGGAGGCAAAGCAAUCGCCCUUUCUAAUGACCAUAAGCCUGAACAAGAGGAUGAAAUGGGCCGUAUUGAAGCCGCUGGCGGACGUGUUAUUUUUUGGAAUGGAUAUCGUGUUGCAGGCUUUCUUGCAAUGUCUAGGGCUCUAGGAGACCGAUUCUUGAAACGGUAUGUGAUUUCGGAACCUGAAGUAACAUGUACAGAGCGGACACAUGAAGAUGAGUGCCUCAUUCUUGCUAGUGAUGGUUUAUGGGAUGUUCUGUCAAAUGAUACUGUCUGCGAAGUUGCUAGAAAAUGUCUGGCUGGCUACAGACCUCACCGUUCAAAGGGUAUUACAGAGGAUACUCCUGUUGGUACUGCGGCUGCUUUCCUUACAAAAUUGGCUUUAGGACGGGGAAGUGGAGAUAACAUUAGUGUAGUUGUGAUUGAUUUGAAAGAACAAAGAAGCAGAAACAGAUGAUGGUUCCCUUAGAGAUACAUAUUUACAUAUACGUAUACAACUCAUGCAAACAAAUGCAGGUCAUUGGCUAUAGCCCUGGUGAUCUGUUGAAUUGUUCCAUUGUUAAGAGUUGUGAUUCAUAGGAGGGGAAAUGGAGAUGGUGAAGUUGUGCAUAAUUGUGAUUCUAUUCACCAGCUGGAGAGAUGCUCUUUCCCUGUUCAUGUUCAUUAAUGAAUGAGCCAACCAUCUAGUCAAAAGAAGCAGACCUUAAUGCUUUAUGAAAUGAGGCUUAUGAAUCAGGGCCUGUAAAGGUGUUGAAGCUGGUGGUCCUGUAACUGCAACUAGUGUUAGCGUUAAUGGUGAGGAGCCUAAACAGCAGGAAGUUGUCCUGCAAAGCAGGCCUUCAAAGGGCAUAGCUUUGCUGAGGCCAACAGUGAGUAUAAGUUUACUGUUGAAGGGCCUGUGCCCCCUCCCCCAUGGGACUUGCCAAUCAAUAGUAGAUGUGAAAUAGAAGAUGCUGUUGCACCUGCCCCCUUUUUCUUUUUUCUCCCGAUCCCACAGCAUUGUUGCAAAAUGGUAUUACUGAAUUGCAACUUCUCUGCCUACUCUCCAUUUUUUUGGUGUCUAUGAUGACCUCGGUGGAUAGCAGCAGUUAUUUUGCCCACCCCAGUCAAGUAGGGUACCACAACUAAGCCUUUCUGGUGCAACGGCCAGAAGAUAUAUUCCAACAAGCUAGCAGGAGACCUAUUCUUGGAACAGUAUGUGAUUUCUGAACCAGAAGCAACAUGUACAGAGCAUGUCUACAUGAAGAUAAGUGCCUCAUUUUUGCUAGCGAUUGCCUAUGGGAUCUUCUGUGAAAUGAUACCGUUUGUGACGUUACUAUAAAAUGCCCAAGUGGCUGUAGACCUCAUCUUUCAAGGGUAUUAUAGAAGAUACCCUGUUCUAUGAAAUUGCCUGUAGAAUGGGGAAGUGGACAUAACAUUAGUGUAGUUUGAUUGAUUUGAAAUUAAGAUGGAACAGAAGCAGAUGAUAGUGCUUUUUGAGAUAGAUAUUUACAUAUGCAUAUGUAACUAUAGUAAGAAGAAACAGAAACAAAUAGAUAGUUCCCUUUGAGAUACAUAUUUGUAUAUGCAUAUAGAACUUGCGCAAGCAAACAUAUGCAAAAAUCCAGGUCAUUGGCUAUGGCUCUGGUGAUCUUUUGAAUUGUUCCACUUAUAAGAGUCGUGAUUUGUGGGAUGGGGAGUGGGUACCCUGAGGCUUAUAAUUAUGAUUCUUUGCACCUACGGCGGGAUGCUUUUACCCCCAUUAAAGCAUAUAUAUGUAUAUGUCUUAACGUUUUUUUUAAAUAAAUAAUAAAAUAUCUAUUUUUUAUUCAGUAAA